CAAAUUCGAUAUUGCAAGGCUGGACUUCUGAUAUUUGGUCGGGUACGAUGCACAUGAUCCCUACGGCAGUAUCUCCCUAUCAGUCGGAUGAAGAUGGCGUGUACGGUCGGUCUAUCCGUCUGCCUUCCCAGCGAGGUGAAAGUUGGCUAUUCGUUUUGUCUGUUUUCCACAAUUACAAGCUUUAAAAGCCAUGUGGAAAUACAUAUGCUCCGAGUCCCAAGCCUUUCCCAUCAUUAACACAAAGUCCUGGACCAUAUUGUCGAUGCAGAAUAUCGUCCACCAUGCAUUCGACCAGCAUAGGUGAUGUACUGGCACUUCUUAGCUUAGUCAAGACGACCUACGACAACUACACCGAUUCGAGGUCGGCAUGUUUAGAAGUCAAGGCAGAUCUCGACAUCUUGCUGUCGACCUUGGAGAACGUCGACACAGCCAUUCAUCAAGCAGAUGAGGGAAGCGUGCUGGCAGAAAAGGUAUCUGCGGUCUUAACUAGGACGCAUACAAUCAUCAAGGAAUUACAAAACUAUCUCGAGCGUUAUAUAAAACAGCCGGACAAUAUCUUUGAGAAGGCUUCUUUAGCAAGUCGUCGAAUGUUAUUUAACGAGGACAAAAUACGACGAUUUCACAGAAGGAUCAAGCUGAACCUUCUAGAACUAUCAGUCGUCACAUCAUCCUCCGCCCUAAGAGCGACAGAACGACUGGCGAAAGCACAAAAACAUCAUGAGAUGCUAAAUUGGCUCGACGAUAGGUCCUGUCCACCUAGACCUUCUAUUCCACACUUGGAACUCCAGGAAGGCAUCGUCUCAUGGUUUCACGAUACUACUGAGUUUAAGGAAUGGUUGGAAGAACCAGGGCGAACGCUGAUAUGCGAUGGCAAACCAGGUGCUGGCAAAACUACACUAUUGGCUGAAACAUUGACUAUGCUAGAGCGGAAAGCCGAAAAGGAAUACGGCGCAAGGGCAUUCGUAUUCUUCCAGCAACAUAACAGAGAUCAACAAAGGCUCCAAGAUGUUCUGCGCAUUUUUGUUCUGCAGUUGUGCAAAGCGGCUGAAUCACUCCCAGACCCAAGCGCCUCGGAGGAGCUCGAGAAGCUCUUUAAGAAAUGCAGAUCGGAAUAUUCUCCAAGCGCCGAUGAUUUGAUGAAAGUACUCCAAUCAAUGGUCAAGAAGUUUCCAAGAAUAUACUUUGUCUUAGAUGCUAUUGAUGAAUGCUCCGACACUGAUAACGUUCGGGACCAUCUACUCAGAUAUCUCAGGACACUCCAACUAGAGGCUGGGGCUGGGGUAUCCAUUCUUAUAUCCUCUCGUCACGAUCAUCCACAUCGAAACUUGUUUAAUAAACUUGGAAAGCCGGCUUUCUUGAGAAUAAGUGCAAGGGACGAUGAUAUUCGAUCUUACGUGAACAAUGAGCUCGAAAGCUCAUCUGAACCUAUCGUUGAGAACAUCUGCAAGGAAGGUAGUAGACUUCCCGAGGAGAUUGUGCAACUUCUCAUUACUUCGUCAUCUGGGAUGUUUCUGAUUGCAAAAUUGGGCAUUCGAAUGUUAUUAGCGCAGCUUAAAAUUUCUGAACUUAAGUCUGCAAUGCACAAAGUGGAAGCAGGAUUGGCAGAUCCUUACGAUCAGAUGUACGACCUCAAUAUCCAGCGAAUCCAAAAUCAUCGCGAGCGUGCAUUGUCCAUUCUCGCAAGACUCGUGGUUACAAAAAAGGCACUUUCUAUUAGAGAGCUCCAGGAGAGUCUUGUGAUGAAUGAUGAGCCGGAAGCUAUGGAUUUUGAUGAGUCUGACUUCAUUCCCGCCAAGAACAUUCUCAACAUAUGCGUCGGCUUAAUUGUGGUGGAUGAAGCUUCGCAAAAUGUCAGUCUUGUUCAUUCCACUCUACGGGGGUAUGUACAACGAAAGCACGCAGACCUAGUCGAAAGGGGUCAUAUUCAAUUCGCAACUGCCAGUCUACGAUACUUGUGUCUAGGGCGAUUUGCCGAUACACACAAUCCAGCCGAGAUCCAGUCGGGCGAUAUUGGUCAGAUCAUGCCAGCCAGAAAUGAGAAGUACAAAUUCUUGAGAUACGCGGCAACGUACUGGGCUCCCCACUUCAGAAGUACUACCACCACUGGAAAUACUAAAAGUCACAAUGAAAGAGAGUCCGACCUUGAGCGACUUGCACUGGCUUUCCUCGGGAGCAGUACACUUGUUGCUAGUGCCAGCCGGGCAAUGUUCUUCCCGGAGAUCUUCUUUACCGAAAAGUCGAAGGAAAACAUGACCGGUCUCCACUUAGCUUCACUUUUCGGUGUUGACAGUCUAGUUGAGAAAGUAAUAGAUUUAGGGCAUUCAAUUAAUGCCGGAAACGGGCGCGGCCAGACUCCAUUGCAUAUGGCAGCUAUAUCACGCCAGACGAGUGUUGCUAGAAUGCUAUUGGCAUCUACUGGCAUUCAUCCUGAUGCACGAGAUGCGGAGGGCUACACGCCACUUCAUGUUGCUACAGCAUUAGGGGCUAUAGGGAUUGUCGGUCUACUAGCAGUUAGAACUGAUGUUGAUGUGAACGCCGUCGAUGAGGUAAUUCCGGGGCCUACUUUUACCAUUAUCCCAACUGGACUCCCAGGUCACUACAUCGCUCUCGAUCUAGUUGGGCUGUUAGAAAAAUUUCAUGCAGCGCGAGUUUCCGCUGAUCCUGAUGAAGGAAAUGUUAUGGACCCAUCGACGACAUCAAGCAACACGGCUGCUACAGGCUUGCAAUUGCCUCCUGUUAAUGAGGGACCCUCCUCCGGGAAUGACUCUCUUGUUUCAGUACCGCCGAAAGUCAUCGGAUCUCGGGCUACUCUAUCAUACCAAGAUCUACUUCCUACCUCUAACUUAACUCGUCCUCACGGUCGAACAGCUUUGCAUUAUGCAGCGAGGAUUGGAAACACCGAUAUCGUUAAAAUGUUGUUAGAUAACCCAUCCAUCCCGAUCGAUAUCAAGGAUGGCCAGGGAAUGACCCCAUUGCACAAGGCUGCCAAAUACGGCCACUUAUCGAUUGUCAAAUUGCUAAUGGAGCGAGCUGGAGUAACCGCCUGGGAGCAUUCUACUGAGCAGACCGGUCGCUUGCCCAUCCAUCUAGCUGUAAAAUAUGGUCACAUGCAUGUGGUGGCUUUCUUUGUCUCUCAAGAUAAGGAUUUAGUCAAUGCUGCAGACAAAGAUGGGAGUACGAUAGUGCAUCAUUCAAUCUACCAUGAUACUACAACGGUCAUUGAGGACAUCCUGAAAUACGACAAUGUCAUGCCUGAUGUCAGAGACAAGCGCGGAAGGACGCCGCUAUGGGAGGCCAUAGAAAUCAACAACAUCCCUAUGGUCUCAAUACUGCAACAGCUCUCUGGUGUUAAUCAAGACCCUACGGACAACGAAGGCCGUCGACCGAACAAGGCGAGAAGCGAAGAGAAGGAGCAAGUUCCACUAAGUAGUACCUUGCAUUAAUUAGUAUAUUAUAUUGUGGAAUUCUCACUUGCGCACUCUCACUUAAACUCCCAUUUCCCCUCGCACUCAGGCUCACGCUGAAGCUCCCACUAAAGCUGGUUCCUAGACUCGAACUCGGACUGAAACCUAGUUUCAGUCUCAAACCUAGAACUGGGUUCAAAUCUAGGUUCGGGCUCGCUCUCGCUUUCAUCAACUUAUAAGUAGAGGAUUAGAUCCCGAUCCUCGAGAGGAAUUGGGUUGCUAGCUCAAAGAAAAGAAGAGCCUUUACUCUCUUCUUCUGGGGGCGCUCUUGUUUCUAGGCCUCGACCCCCAACCCUUGAAGUUGUCUACAGGUCCUGUACAUGGCGAUUCCGGGCGGAGCUCCUGGCUCGACAGUAUCCCAUAUGCCUGCCUCCUCUUGGAAGUAUGGGAGCAAUACGGAUGUGUUCAAAAUUGGUUAUGAAUACAGAUAUACAGUUUGGUGGAGUAUAAACGCCAUUUCAAUCUCUUCAAACUCAAAAUAGGUGGUUUAUUUCUCUUUGUAUCAUCUUCAGAACCCUCUUUUCGCCCUCUUUGUAAUUUCCUAAAGAUAGCUUUAGCCCCUAGCAACAAUGUUCUAAAUAUCCCUACAACCUCGCCCUUCCCUCCUCGCCCAUGAGCUCUUCCACCCUCGCAAAGCGCUCAAAAAACCCAAGACACCCAGCAUUCGCCAGCGUCGCGCUGGCCACCACCCUCUUCUCGCUGAUAAUCGCCUUCACCGGCACCUCAACCUUCUUUCCAUUAAUCGUCAUCGGAAGCUCCGGACACUCGAAUAUAUACUUCGGCACGUGGCGCGCGCUCAGUGCCUUCCUGAUCGCGGCCCUGAUCUCAGCCUCGAGCUCCACCGUGAACUUCGCGCCGGAGCGCAUCUGCACGAAGAGAAACACGCGCUCGUCGCUGUCGCGCGGCCGUCGCUGCCCCACGCAGAUGCUAUCCAGGAUGGCGGGGAAGUGCUGGACGACAGAGUAGAUCUCGGCCGAGCCGAAGCGCACGCCCGAUGGGUUGAGGACUCCGUCGCUGCGCCCAAGGAACUCAACACCGCCGGUCGACGCAACGAUGCGGAUAUAGUCGCCCUGCGUCCAGACGUCGGCUAGCUGCGAGAAGUAUGCUGAGUGGUAGCGUUCGGCACCACCAUCGCCCCAGAACAUGACGGGCAUACUGGGGAAGGACUUGCAAACGACGAGCUCGCCGGGUUGGCCUCGCGGGACGGGGACACCACUGGGAAUUCCACUGCUAUUUGUGGAGGAGGAUGAAGGCUCGAAGACGCCGAUAUCCAUGGCCAGUGCCGGGCGUUGUAGUUCGCCAGCGUAGACGGGGAGGGUGGGAACCUGGGCCGCGAAGCAGCAUGCCGUGUCUGUACCACCGGCAGAGUUGGCAAGCUGGACGUGAGCUCCGAAGGCGGUGCCGUAGAACCAGGCGUACUGCUGUGGAAGGAGGGCCGCGCCGGUGCAGUUCACCAUUUCCAAGGCGGAGAGAUCGAAUUGCUUCUUCGGCUCAACCCCGCGGCGCUCGAGUUCUUCAAGGUAGCGGGGGGAGAUGCCGAGAUGAGUGACCUUGUGCUGGGCGGCAAUCUCUAGGAGGACGGUGGGGGCGGUAUGGAAGGGCGAGCCGUCAUAGGUGAUGAUAUGGGCGCCGGUAAGGAGGGACGUGAUGGAUUUAUUAUACAUGGCCCAGGAGGUUGUGGUGAAGAUCAUUUGCGUGGACGAGGGGCCGAUGUUGUAGUGGAGGAGAAGUUCUUUCUUUUGAGAAAUGAGAACGCCGCCUGCGCCAUGGACGAUGCAUUUUGGCUGACCGGUUGUUCCGGAGGAGUAAGCAAUUAGAUAAGGUGUGUCGAAGGCGUGUUGGAAGAAAAGUUUCUCUCGUGUUAUAGGCCUCGCCGUAGCUAAAAAUGUAACAAGGGACUGGCUCUUGGAAAUUUGCGAGAUAUCUCCCACAUCUGCACCUCUCGGGCAAACGAUGAACUUCUCAAAUUCCGGCGUGCCCUUCAAUGCAUUCGCCACUUCGAUGGCCUUUUGCUUGAGAUUAGUUUUCUUUCCCGCAUACACAGCGAGGUCCUCCAUCAGCACGAUUCGCGGCCGGACCUGUAGCAGCCGGUCAAGAAUACCCUUCGUCCCCAUGUCUGUGCUAGUGCUCGUAAAGAUUGCACCGAGCGCCGUCACUGCGAGAAAGACGAGCAUCGUAUUGAGCGUAUUCGAUGCGACAAUGGCGACGCGGUCCCCAGGGUUUACUCCCGCAUUCCGGAACGCUGAGGCGUAGCGCGCGACAAGUGUGCGCAACUCGUCCCAGGUCACGGAGCGGACAUCCGUG